GAGUUUUCUCGGAGGCUUUUUUGGUCCCGUUUGUGAGAUUGAUGUUAUUCUUAAUGAUGCCGAAACACGAAAACCAGCAGAAAUAAAAACAGAAGAUGGUAAAAUAGAAAAGCAUUUUCUCUUCUAUGAUGGAGAAUCCGUUUCAGGAAAGGUGAACAUCUCCUUUAAGCAGCAUGGGAAGAGACUAGAGCACCAAGGAAUCAGAAUUGAAUUUGUAGGACAAAUUGAGCUCUUCAAUGACAAAAGCAAUACCCAUGAAUUUGUAAAUUUAGUGAAAGAGCUGGCCUUACCUGGAGAACUGACCCAGAGCAGGAGCUAUGACUUUGAAUUCAUGCAGGUUGAGAAGCCAUAUGAAUCCUACAUUGGUGCCAACGUCAGACUGAGGUAUUUUCUAAAAGUGACGAUAGUGAGACGGCUGUCAGACUUGGUGAAGGAAUAUGAUCUGAUUGUUCACCAGCUGGCUACGUACCCAGAUGUAAACAACUCCAUCAAAAUGGAAGUAGGCAUUGAAGACUGUCUUCAUAUAGAGUUUGAAUACAAUAAGUCAAAGUAUCACUUAAAGGACGUGAUUGUUGGAAAAAUUUAUUUCCUUUUAGUAAGAAUAAAAAUUCAGCACAUGGAGUUGCAGCUGAUCAAAAAGGAGAUCACUGGAAUUGGACCCAGUACCACAACAGAGACUGAGACCAUUGCAAAGUAUGAAAUAAUGGAUGGUGCACCGGUUAAAGGUGAAUCAAUUCCUAUAAGACUGUUCCUAGCAGGCUAUGACCCAACUCCAACAAUGAGGGAUGUGAACAAAAAAUUUUCAGUGAGGUACUUCUUAAAUCUAGUGCUUGUGGAUGAAGAAGACAGACGAUACUUCAAACAGCAGGAAAUAAUUUUAUGGAGAAAAGCUCCUGAGAAGCUGAGGAAACAACGAACAAACUUUCACCAGCGAUUUGAAUCUCCAGAAUCACAAGCAUCUGCUGAGCAACCCGAAAUGUGAACUGCUUUAAGGUGGAAAAACUUUACGAUGCUUCAGCAGGUUAAAGAUGGCAGCAGCCUGUGGGAAAAGAAGGCCAAAAUUCCGAUUACAACUGUCUUCCUUCAUCUUGCAGUGCUGCAUUUACCAUACUACUAAAGCAUUCUUCAGUUAAACAUUCAAGUAUGUAUAUACAUUUAAAAUAAAGUGCUUUCUCAAACACUGGAA